UUUUUCAAAUUGACCCUGAAGUACUCCUGGCGCUGUGCUGCCGCUGAUUGGUUACCCCCGAAUGCAACCUGCUUGAAUGUAGAUGCUGAGGGAAGCGUUGUUGCAGUUGAGUUACAAUGGCGCAGUUCAAGUUCGGGAUGUUUUAUUUUAGGGACAACACAAUUCACGUCGAAAGUACUGACAUUGUGACACCUCAGUACAGACAGCAGCUCGUUCAGGUAUUAAAACGGCCGGACCUCUCCAGUGAAGAAGGAUGGAUACAAGUGUGCUGGGGCACCAGGAAAGCACCUAAAAACGAGGUGGCCGCAAAACUGCUCUUACUCGGAGGUUUGUAUUGCUCGUGCAUGGUGUGAAAUAUCUUUUGAAUAAAUAUUCUUUCUACUAAUGACUAAGAUAAGAGGCAAACUUAUCAUUCACAAGCUGCAUUAGCUAACUAGCUAGCUAGCUGUUAGCAGCAGACGGCAGCUAAUGCUAGCAUAAAUGGUGCUAACUUAGUGCAACUUCAGAUGAGAUUUUGUGUGAACAUUUGUGAGCGUGCUGUGUGGAGAAUGUUUAGCAAAAAUUGCCCACUGUAAAGAAAAUAACAAGAAAAAAAUUGUACAAAUUUGUUAUGCUAGCACUUGCCAGCCACUACUGUUAGUGAUGAUUUGAUAAAGAAUUUGCCAGUGGCUCAUGCUAAUGAAUGUUAAUGUUAACCUUGUAUGUAAUUUAAUUUUUAUGUAACUAUGUUUAUAAAAAGACUUAAAGUGACUUGUUGUGUAUAAUAUUAGAUUGACUGUGGUGCAUUUCACGAGACAUACAAAAUAUCUAAAAUAUUGAGCAAAAGAGGGAAAAAACAUGGUUUUGACAGUUUGUCUGAUGUAUGGUUGUGGUUACAGACAACUACAAGGAGUUGAUGGGAAAAAAAGAAGCCUUCCUCAAGGAUGAGGACAUCUAGCACAUGGCAGUUGCAAGGAGAAGGACCACACCUUGUACCACAACACAUGAUGGAAGCAAACCAAAGAAAAAAAGAAUUACUGCAACUUCCAGUCUCACUUCAGAUGAAGAUGAAACACAGAUUGACCCAUCACAAGUUCUUCAAACAAAUCCGAAGAUGACAAAGGCUGCAAGAGACAGAGCCCUUUCCCAACUGAAAUCCUCGCUGCUGAGAAGAAAUCCAACAACCUCCACCCCCUUGACAAGUGAAGACGAUACAGACAUAGACACCAAUGUGGACUUAUUUGACCCACCUCAGGCUUCGGGAUCAACUGACCUCUGCCAAGGGGAAAGUGAAGAGGAGAGUGUCCUGAUGGAUCAGCCCAGAUCCAGUGUUGACAUGCAACAGGAAGUGAUGGAUGCUCUGAAAGAAAUACCAGCCUUAGUCAAGUGUGUCAGAGAUCUUAUUACAACCAUGAAGAGAAUGCCACCUGUCAUGGACACUGACAGUACAAGUUCUGGUUCUUCCAGUCCAGCUCCAGAAAUGAUUUCCCUGGGCAACACGGGGGUGCAGGUCAGCAAAAUCUGUUUCCAAAGACUAAACCGAACAAGAAUGUCCCUGUUCACACAGGACUUAGCUGUGCUGAUCUUUGGGCGGGAUGUUUUGGCAUCCUCGACUCUCACAGGAAAACCAGGGCCUACUGGAACAGCGAAAGAGCAGCUAAAUCCGGAAAAGCUGAGUGCCCUUGUUGAUACAGUUAUUGCUGAAUUUCCAGGAACAAAUGUGUCUGAUGUGAGGGCAGUGAUUCGGAGAAAAUGUAACAAUGAGAAUUUUGUGAGCAAAAAGAAACAGUAAGCAGUAACAUCAGUAACUGUUUGUAAUCAUUUUUGUUUGUUUGUUUUUUGGUGGACAUACAUUUUGAGUUUAAACAAACUGUGUCAAUGCUUCACAUGUAAAAGUUUCAAAAGUCAGUUUAAUGUUCAUCCCUGUCAUUACUAGCUUCUCUGCGGUGCACAGUUAGCAGGGUAGUGCUAGCACAGCUAUUGUUUCUUUUUCUUUUAUUAUUGUUUUUUAGUUAACUUGUUAAAGAGUAUGACUGAAAAGAAUUCUCUGGGGUCAGAUGAUCCAAAUUUGAAUAAAAAUGUUACGAUGAAGAGAAACUGUUUGAAAAUGUUGUUUAAGAUGUUGUUAAAGAUGUACUUAAAUGUACUUUAUUAUGCACAUUUUCCCUGUAAUGCCGUGCAUGUUAAAAAUAAACUUAAAUUCUACCUCAA